AGAUUUCAACUUCCGGAAAGAAUUGUGUUUCUCAUCGGUAAAUAAUUCACCUUCCUGGUUUGAAGGCUACCCUGCCAGGAGGAAAUUCAAGUAUACCAUCUGAAGCAGAAUACAUCGACUGUGAGUGGAUCAUCAGGCAGUCUCCCUAUGUCAGGCCGAAACGGGUCUGCCAGUGAUGCAGACUGCCGGAUCUCUGAGGACUGCCAGGUCCCAGAUGUUGAGCUGAUGGAGCUGGGGCCAUUGCUGGAAGAGGGAGGGGCGCGGCAGGCAGUAUCCAAAAGUGUCCAUCCUGAGGGAGCCGCAAUGCUUGCUGAUGAGGAAGAGGAGGAGGAUGAGGUGGGUGAGGUUCUGACCUUACCACUACAGGCUCACCAUGCCAUGGAGAAGAUGGAGGAGUUUGUACAUAAGGUUUGGGAGGGGCGCUGGAGAGUAAUCCCUUUUCAUGUCCUGCCAGAGUGGCUGAAGGACAACGAUUACCUCCUGCAUGGACAUCGACCACCCAUGCCAUCCUUCCGGGCCUGUUUUGGAAGCAUUUUCAGAAUUCACACUGAAACAGGAAACAUCUGGACUCACCUGUUAGGGCUGAUCUUAUUCCUGUGUCUGGGCACAUUAACCAUGCUGCGGCCCAACAUGUAUUUUAUGGCUCCGCUGCAAGAGAAGGUUGUGUUUGGGAUGUUCUUCCUGGGUGCUGUGCUUUGCCUCAGCUUCUCCUGGCUUUUUCAUACGGUCUACUGCCACUCUGAGAAAGUGUCUCGCACAUUCUCCAAGCUUGACUACUCGGGGAUCGCCCUCCUAAUCAUGGGCUCCUUCGUGCCCUGGCUGUACUACUCAUUCUAUUGUUCCCCUCAGCCUCGCCUUAUCUACCUCACCAUUGUAUGUAUCCUCGGCAUUGCCGCCAUCAUUGUCGCCCAGUGGGACCGAUUCUCUACACCUCGUCACAGACCUACAAGAGCAGGCGUCUUCAUGGGUCUCGGACUAAGUGGCAUUGUUCCCACCAUGCACUUCACCAUUGAGGAAGGCUUUGUUAAGGCAACCACAGUUGGCCAGAUGGGUUGGUUCUACCUGAUGGGGGCCAUGUAUAUCACCGGCGCUGGUCUGUACGCAGCCAGGAUCCCUGAACGCUAUUUCCCCGGCAAGUGCGACAUCUGGUUCCAUUCUCAUCAGAUUUUUCAUGUUCUGGUCGUGGCAGCAGCGUUCAUCCAUUUCUAUGGCGUUUCCAACCUGCAGGAGUUCCGAUACGGCCUCGAGGGAGGAUGCACAGAUGACUCUCUGCUCUGAGAGGCCUGACUGUGACUUAAACUUUUCUCUAUAGCCCCCUCUCUCUCUCUCUCACACACACACACACACACACACACACACACACACACACACACACACUCACACACACACACACACACACACACACACACACACACACACUCUCACACACACACACACACACACACACACAAAAUGCUGCUGGAAUUCAAAACAGUCACUUAUUCAUCCUUCUAUACUUCUGAUUUUUUUUUAACAUCUUGUUUGGGUUUUUUGUGAUCUUUCUGCUUUGGCUUCUUUUUGCUUCAAUAAAGUAGCAUCAACUAGCCAAUGUACCAUGGUGGAAACAGGCGCUACUUGUUAAUAAAAUUGUUAUUAAGCUUAAAAUCUGCAUUUUCAGCUAAGAUAAAAGUGGGAUUUUAGCCAAAAAAAAGUCAUGUAUUCCUGAAACUGCAGCUUACUAGUACCCCAGCCACUUUGUUACUUGUCACCAAUUUGUGCUGUAGAAGAAGGCACAUACUGUAAACCAUUCCUUUCCUAUUUUCCAUGGAAGCUAGUAGAUGAAUGUGCUGUCCUGCAGGAGUUUGGUGUAGAGAAGCUGAGGACAGCUUAGGUGGUUGGGAGCAUCUAGUUUUCGGCAUGGUUGUCAGCACUUGUUUUUCGUUUUUGUUUGUCUGUUUUGGUGAGUGUACCGGCACAUAUUCAUUUAUCUGUUACAUAAGCCCACUCAGCAAUAAACCACAAGUUUAUCUGAAAGCCCGGUCAAAGCUUAAGUGUUACAUUCUUAUAUGGUUUUAGGGUGACUUUGAACCAUAUGCCUAGAGGGGGAAAACUGCCUCUUGGCUAACUCCAGCUCAUCCACAGCUCAUUUGUUCACGUGGACACUCCCUGCUCAGCAAACAGAUCAAUAAUUUUUGAAUAAAGCUUAGAGCUUAGGCCCCAUAAAUAAGAGCUACGCACAGUAAGUGUCUGAAUAACACAUGGAUUAAAGCUAAUCAGAUCCUCACAGGGUUGGAUAUUUCUUUUCUGUUUCUGUUGCAUCGUUUAAAUCAAGAAAAAUCCCAAAUGGAUCAUUUUCAAAUCAUUUAACGGCACAGAAAAGCCCUAAGAGUUUGUAGCUGCUGUAUAAAAAUAAAUCAGCUUAGUUCAGGUUAAACUAAGACGCUUGAAACAUUGAGGUGACUAGAACUACCCAGUCAUUAUUUAUCAGUCACCUGGCACUUCAUGGAUUAAUUUCUAGAGUUAGUUCCUGGGCUACGCACAAUGUACAGAUAUGGAUUGGUUCAAUUGCGUUUUUGUCAGAGGUUUUUCUUUUGUGCUAGAUCUCAAAUGGAGUGAGAGGUAUAAAUAUCAAUUACACCUUAGCGUACAUUAUUAAAUUAAAAAACUUAGAAUCCAUAUGAGGAAACAUGCUCUGUAUAAACUUUUAGUAUUCCUGUGCCUUAGGCCAAUGGAAAUGUUUUAAAUAAAAUGGCCUAUCUUAAGAGUCAAGGGAGUAUCAAGGAUUUCCAGAUGUUGACUUUUCUUGUUUUCCUUGCCAUAUAUAUAUAUAUAAAUAUACAAUCGAAUCAUUACUGGAUUUGCAUUACACUUACACUUCCAUUGAUAGGUUGUAUGAACUUCAAUUUAAGACUCCUUUUUCUAGAUGAACUUAUUCAAGCUUUAUUACAAAGACUAAAACAACGUGUAUUCUUGACUUUGUGUAAUGUCCUGUGUAGAAAGUGAUAAAUCAUACAUUUCACAGAAAUGUAAACCUAAAUAUUUAUUAAUGGUAAUCUUGGAAAAUUAUUGUAAUAAAUUCUUUUCCACACGUGAAAA